CGGCGCGCGCUCGCGAGGAGAGCUAGAGAAGCUGGGUGAGAGCCCAGCCACAGCCCAGCAGAGGGGCACGGGACGGGGCAGCUCCGCCGGCUCGGGAGCUGCAAAUAAAGCGCCGAUGAAUCCCGUUCAUUGGGGCUUUCUGGAAACACUAGAUUGGUAGUUGGCUCCCCUCCCGCCGUGGCAGCCAGCCGGCCGAGAGCAUUAAUGAAUGCACUGGGGCUUUUAAAAUUGAAAUAUUAAUUUGUUGCUCUGAAUGCAUUAGGCUUUUUUUUGGCAAGCCGUUGAUUUGUUUUGUUAAACGCGCUUUACUUUCUUUUUUUAAAGUGCAAGCAGUAGCGUGGGUGUAUUAAAUGCUUUCCUUUGCGAUCAGAUUUGUUGCCUUAAAUGAAUAGUUAUUUUGCUUUUUUUGGUAGGCAGCAAAUCUGGUGCAUUACAUUCAUUUUUAAACAGCUGAUGCUGUUUUAGAUUGAAAUACCAGGUUUGAUCCUACUUGUGGGCAUGACUCAUUAUGCACAAGGAUGGAUUUUGUUGUUGCCCUUGUGUGGGAGGAUAGUAGCAGCUUGGUUUUAAAUCUCAGGAUAUUUUGGGGGGUUUGUUGGGGGCUGUAUGUAGAAAAUAGACACCAAUAACAUUGGGAUUUUUUUUUUCGAACUAGAUAAGGAUUUCACUUAUUUUCCCUGCUGCCUUUAGGUUCGCCGUUUUGUUUUUUUUAAAGAGCUGCUCAGGUUUUGUUGAGGUGGGAGGUUGGGGAGAUUAUUUUUUUUAGGGUUGUGAAAUUGCAGCAGUGUCUGUGUCCUCCUGUGUGAUCGAGCUGGGAAAAUGGAGGCUGUGAUAGAGAAGGAAUGUAGUGCGCUUGGAGGGCUCUUCCAGACCAUCAUAAGCGACAUGAAGGGAAGUUACCCAGUUUGGGAAGAUUUUAUAAACAAGGCUGGGAAACUGCAGUCUCAGCUAAGGACUACAGUAGUAGCAGCUGCUGCCUUUCUGGAUGCCUUUCAGAAAGUGGCUGACAUGGCUAUUAACACACGUGGUGGUACCAGAGAAAUUGGGUCUGCGCUGACAAGAAUGUGCAUGAGACACAGAAGUAUAGAGUCCAAACUCAGGCAGUUUUCAAGUGCUUUAAUUGACUGUCUGAUAAACCCACUUCAAGAACAGAUGGAAGAGUGGAAGAAAGUGGCCAAUCAACUGGAUAAAGACCAUGCAAAAGAGUACAAAAAAGCCCGCCAAGAGAUAAAAAAGAAGUCAUCAGACACGCUGAAACUGCAGAAGAAAGCAAAGAAAGGUAACUUUCUCCAUACUUUUAUCAAUGAGAUACUUUUGUGA